AUGGCUGCUUCAAUUGUCCAAGGUGGGCCAGCACCAGAUUUCAUGGCUCCAUGGGUGUAUGACUACAUAUCAGCUGGGAUCGAGGGUGUGACAGUCGAUCAAGAGAAAGUGGUAGCCCAGCAAUCCAAGGAGCUAAUUAACAGGGUAGGAUAUUGUAAAUAACUUUAGUCAACAAGUGCAGUGCAUUGUGAGAAAUAUCCCAAAUGCAUAACAAAACAAGUCACCAGUCCACUUGGGAAUGGGAAAGUAGAAAACUCAUACAUAUUAUGUAUAUUCACAUAUACUAUGUCUGUGUGAUAUAGUACAUGUCACAAGUAGAUUAUAUAGUUAUAUAGCAUUAUCUGGUUAAAUACUCUAAUAUCUAUUUAUGAAUAGCUUCAACAGGUGAAUUCAGAUAAGGCAUUGCAAGAUUUACUGAUGGAAGAAGAUGUACUAGAGCAGCUGGGGAAUAUAGGCUAUCGUGGUGUGCCCCAUCGUGAAACUCUCAAAAACAGGUCAUCUUUAAUAAGGUACAUGUUGUAACAAAUAACAGCUCAUCGACCCGUUCAUGAUGACGUCAUUGUACUACAACUACCAGAAUUGUAUCACUUAUUGAGUAACAACCUUGAAAAACUUAUACAAUUGACACAAACGUGUAUCAACUGUGCUUGACUACAACAACAAUUCGUGUGGUUUGGCUGUUGCUUUAGUGUAAAGGCCCAAAUGAGCGCCUUGAUAGACAAGUGUUAUUUGUCAAGGACAUCUAUUUUUGUACACUCGUCUGCAAUUACGCGAACCCGAAAGUAAUCUUAGUCGACAUAUGGUUACGUUUCAAAUGUACACAUUUGCUGUUACAUUUAUGCACGUUUGUAGGUCCAGCCCAUACUUUGAGUACUUGAUAUCACACAGGUCCGAAUAUUAAUGCCAAUACUCUGUGCAAGAGGAAGCUUUGUACGCACAUUUUAGUAGUCAAAAAUGCUUACAGUAAUUUGAUCUCAAAUUUCGCUUUUUAUUCUUAUAAAAAAUAUGGAUUAUGGGCAGAACCUAUAACCUACAAACAGAGAGAAAAGCCAAGUGUAUGCUCUGAAACCGACCCUGUAGACUAACACAACCGCAGCCGGACAUACAUAAAUUAGUAUAUGAGAGGUGAUCGUCGUGCUUGUUAUUUCUCAUUAUUUAUCUCUACUUACAUUGUAAAAUAGAUCGACGUGUAUGUAUUUUUGUUCUGUAUAUUUGUUUCCUGUAGAUCACUAUGCAUUAAAUCUUACCUGGUACCGAAAAUUCCAAUGCUCGACCAGUUAUGCAAAGGGUUACAAACACUUGGGGUACUGGAUCUUGCUAGGAAGAACCAAACUCAAAUGAAGCCUAUCUUUACUCCAAUUGGCAACAGUUUAAUUACAAGUGAUCAGUUAUUGGACAUUUUGUUGCCAAAGUACAGCGAAAGUACACAAAUCAAAGAACAGGAAAUUAACACGUUCAAAGCAAUGUGUGACUUUAUUCAGGAACUUUUUUUCCAAGGUUAGGGACAAUGAAAUGUAUUGAAACUUAGCCGAUUGUUGCUGACCAUGUCAAGCCUUGUCCUCUAUAACUCAUAACAUGAUCAGGUUUCUAAAUUGAAUGUAACGUAAAGUUUCCCCCCAAAAAGUACUGUACAACUUUAUUUUUUAAAAACAUCUAUUUCUUUUGCAUCCUGUAGCAAUACCGGACUGUGAUUCAACUAUAGCGCAUUUGCUGAAGUUCAUCACUGGAGUGAAAAAAAUUCCUCGCUUGGAGUUCUCCAAGAAAAUUGAUGUUCAUUUCCUCCAUGGUUGCCAAGAUGGAUGCAAAUGUCGUCCAACAGCCUCAACCUGUUUCUUAUACGUCCGAUUGCCGGUACACUAUCAAACAUCAGAAGAUAUUACAUUUGCUUGGUUGUCUGCUUUAAAAGAUUGCCAAGGAUUUGGACAUGUAUGA